AUGGACAGGGCGAGGUGGCAACGGGUACUGACCCUCUUCCCCAUCUGCCUGGCGUUUGCCUUCUCCCUCACGGCCAUGGGCAGCAGCCACUGGUGCGAGGGGAUCCGAAGGAUGACAAAACCUCUGUGCCAGGACCUCCUGGAGGGACUGAACUGCAUUCACUUCAGCCGGGCCAGCAGCAGCCCUGGUGAUAGCCAGGCUGUCCAGUACAUCUGGGAGACGGGGGACGACAAGUUCAUCCAGCGCAGGUUCCACGCGGGGCUCUGGCAGUCCUGUGAGGAAAGUCUCAACAGCACAGGCGAGCGAUGCAGGUGCUUCCUGGGGAUAGUGCCCACGGAGGGACAAGGUGUUUUGUGGCUCUCCAUUGGGGCUGAAGUCUUGGAUGUCUUCCUGAUACUGACAGGUGUCAUCUUCCUGGGCUUCAGUGUGAGUUGUUACCAUUCUGGAUGCAACUGGCUCAAGGUGGAUGCCUCAGUGGCCAUCCUCAUGGUGCUUGCAGGGCUCCUGGGCAUGGUGGCCCACAUGAUGUACACAACUAGUUUUCAAAUCACUGUGAACCUGGGACCAGAAGAUUGGCGGCCCCAGACAUGGGACUAUGGCUGGUCCUAUUGCCUCGCCUGGGGAUCUUUCGCCCUCUGUAUGGCUGUGUCAGUGGCAACCAUGAGCAGAUACACCACCGCCCACGCAGAGAAGCCAAGGGCACAGAGAGGCGGUCCGUGCCCUCAGCACAACAUCCCACAGCCUGAGGCAUCACAGCAGGCUUGGCAGACAGGAGCUGCUCCCCGCCCUGUGGGACAAGUCUUCGUGAAUGUUCCUGGACACCAUCCCCUAGGUACAGGAGGCAAAGUGUCUGUGUGCUAG